GCGGUACAGUUACGGUACCACUGUCGUAGAAGUGGUAGGCGGGAAGUAGCGCGUGUGGCUGCCAAUGUAGUAUUCUACAUAAGACCGGCUUUAUAAAUUGUAGAUUGCCUCCAAAAUUUGAAUCGAUUUUUAUUGCCAACUGGAGAACUAUAUUUCGAGAACAUGAGUAGCCGGAAAUCUGUUUUGUAUCUUUUUGAUGUAGAUGGUACUCUUACUAAACCGCGGCAGGUAAUAACAGAGGAACUGAAAAAGUUUUUGUUAGAUGACGUGAAAUCUAGAGUGAGUGUGGGGCUUGUCAGUGGAUCCGAUUAUGUUAAAAUAGCUGAACAAAUGGAUGGGCCGGAAGUGGCAGCCAAGUUCGACUACGUUUUUUGUGAGAAUGGUGUCGUUCACUAUCGUAAUGGCAAGCUGAUCAGCUCCGAAAGCAUCCUGAGUCACCUCGGAGAGAAGUUGUUACAAAGAGUCAUCAAUUUCUCACUUGCAUAUAUGUCUAAGCUCGAGCUACCAGCUAAGCGUGGUAACUUUGUUGAGUUCAGAUCAAGCAUGAUUAAUAUUUGCCCUGUGGGACGGUCCUGCAGUCAGGCUGAGCGAGAUGAGUUUGUAAAGUAUGACUCUAUCCAUUCCAUAAGACAGAAAUUUGUUGAUGCAUUAAAAACUGAAUUUGAAGAUUCAGGAUUGACAUUUGCACUCGGAGGACAAAUCAGUGUGGAUGUCUUCCCUACCGGUUGGGACAAGACUUACUGCCUUAAUCAUGUAGCAGACCAACAUUUUGAACAAAUACACUUUUUUGGAGAUAAAACAAUGGCUGGUGGUAAUGACUAUGAGAUUUACCAUGACCCACGGACAAUUGGCCACAAAGUUACAUCUCCAGAUGACACCAAAGAACAAGUAGUCAAGUGCCUCAAUAUUUAAUUUCAAUAAUAAUGUCAAGGAUUGCUUACACUUUAAAUUAUAUUCUUUCAUGUUCCUAUAAGUUUGUGCUCUAACAUGUACAUAAAGAACAUAAACAUUAUAAUAUUGUUGCAGUGGUUUAAACAUUUUAAACUUGUACUAAUAAAAUGAAACAAUGUACAGUAUACCUACUUAGCUGCCCUGAAAUAUUUGAGAUAAGUACAAGAUGAUAGCCAUUAUGUCUGACCUGUAACAACCUGAUGAUAUAAUUUUAUUGCAAUUGAAAUUAUUAUAAAGAAGUUUAACUUU